AUGAGAAGAGAUGGGAGAGCGCGAUGGACUGAGGAUGAUAAUGUCCUACUUAUGCGUGCUCAUUUCAUAGCAAAAGACCUGGAACAAACAUCGGAAAGGACUUAUAGGCAAAUAUUAACCGAGGUAUGGAAUGACAUCAGACCUGACAAACCGCUUUACACGAACUUACUGGCUAACAGAGUAAGAUGGAUGAUCGAGAAUGAGAAAUUCUCUGUCGUAGAAUUAAGGAACAUUCAGUUGAAUAUUAGACCGCAGGGAAAUGAACCAAUCGAUGAAGGAGAAGAACACCAUGAAGAAUUGCGUCAAUCGGACGAUGAAGAUAAUGGACUUACCUACAAAGUUGAUCGAUAUUUCUGUAAAAAUCUUCUACUCUAUACUGGUUUAAGCCCGGAAAAUAGACCGAGCAUACCGAGAAUGAAGGGCUCCCGUAUGAUGGUUGAGAAAAUGUUGAUGGUGAACAAAAUAAUUGGUAAGCACAUUAGUAGCAACUCAUCUCUGGGGGAUCUUGUUGAUCUGGUAUACGCUGGGGCUCUAACUGUGUGUGAACAACUGGGUAAAUCCGUCAUAAAGAGGUGCACGAAUUCAACAGGGCAGCAACCUCCAUGGAAGUGUCGCAUAGAAAAGAAAAUUGGUAAUAUCAGGAAAAAAAUUGGAGUAUUACAUACUUACCUUAAUAGCGAGUCUCCAUCAAGCAAGGUACAUAAGACGGUCCGUAGAAUAGCAUCUGAGUUUCGGAUCAAACCCCAGACUAGCGUCUUCACAGGGCAACUGGAAUCUCUAUGUGAUAAUCUGAAACAGAGAGUCAAAGCGUUAGGUAACCGACUGAGGAGAUAUAAUGAAAGAAUUAAAAGAUAUCAAAACAACCAAAUGUACUAUAAGAACCAAAAACAAUUCUUCCGGAAUCUUGAAAGCCCUGAGAAAACAGAAGAGGAUCCUCCAGAACCAGAAAAAUUUUACGAAUACUGGGAAACAAUAUGGGGCAGGGAAAAACAGCAUGACGAUGGCGCCCACUGGAUCAGGGAGGCUGAAGAUGAGAGCUCAAAAUACGUUAUGGACAACAUAACUAUAACAAAACAGGAUGUGGAAGAGGUACUCAAAAGAACCAAUAACUGGGCGGCCCCGGGACCCGAUGGAGUUCAUAAUUACUGGUGGAAACAUUUUACCAACACACAUGGAGCGAUGGCUGCAUUGUUCCAGAAAGCAAUGAGGACCCAUCGGUAA